UUUUUUCAGUUCCUUCUCCGAUGGCACUUCUCUCAGCGGAAUAUGAAACUUUUCUCUGAAUAAUUAUUAUUAUUAUUAUUUUGUUUGUACUUUAUCACCAUGCUGCGGGUCCAAGUAGAAUCCGCCAGCGGGAUUCCCAAAAAGAAACUUGGCAACCCAGAUCCAAUAGCUUCGGUGAUCUUUAGAGGUGAAAAGAAGAAAACCAAACAAAUUGAUAAUGAACUGAAUCCAGUUUGGAAUGAAGUGUUUGAAUUUGAUUUGAAAGGCAGCCCUUUGGAUGCAUCUUCGUUCCUCGACGUGAUUGUGAAAGACUAUGAAACAAUCGGAAAACACAAAUUUAUUGGCUCUGCAAGAAUCUCACUGAGAGACUUGGUCAGUGGUCAGGUGAAAUCUCUCCCAUCCAAGAAUGUACCACUUGUCAAUGAGAAGCAGCAGUCUUUUGGGGCAGUCAUUAAUUUGCUCAUUGGGUAUGAGCCACCUAUGAACGCCACUCCAAACCUAAAUGAACAAGUUGAUGGAGACGUGCCUCAUUUGGAUGCUGGCAGUGAUGAGGGUGAUGAGAGAGAACCAGACACAGAUGGGGAAGGUCAGGGUGGAGUCUCCGGAGCUCCUGGUUUACCAAGCCACCCUGGGAAACCUAGACAGCCAAUCCGUCUCAGGCAUAAGAGGCACAGAGCCCUGGCCAAUAAGCCUCAGGACUUCCAGAUCCGUGUUCGGGUUGUCGAGGGUCGACAGCUGCCUGGCAACAACAUCAAGCCGGUGGUUAAAGUGAGUGUGUGUGGACAGACCCACAGGACAAGAAUUAGAAGAGGGAAUAACCCCUUCUUUGACGAGAUGUUUUUCUACAAUGUUAACAUGCUCCCCUCAGAACUGUUUGAUGAGAGCAUCAGCCUUCGGGUCUAUGACUCCUACUCCCUCAGAUCUGACAGUCUAAUUGGAGAGUUCAAGCUCGAUGUUGGGUACAUCUACGAUGAACCCAGUCACGCCAUAAUGAGGAAAUGGCUCCUCCUCAGUGAUCUUGAUGAGUCGAGCGUGGGGCCCAAAGGCUAUCUGAAAGUCAGCAUAAUUAUUGUUGCUACUGGAGAUGAUCCACCAACUGAAAGAAAAGUGCUAAAUGAGGCGCAAGAUGACAUAGAGAGCAAUCUUUUGGUGCCUGCUGGUGUCACAAUGCGAUCAGCCACUCUGAGCCUUAAAGUCUAUCGUGCCGAGGAUAUGCCACAGAUGGAUGAUGCCUUUGUUCAGACAGUAAAGCAGAUGCUUGGAGGGGAAGGAGACAAGAAAAACUUGGUGGAUCCAUAUUUGGAAGUCAGCUUUGCUGGGAAGAAGGUGUCCACCAAAAUAAUUGAGAAAAAUGCUAAUCCAGAGUUUAAUCAAAUUAUCAAUCUUCAAGUAAAGUUCCCAUCCAUGUGUGAAUGCAUCAAGUUGACUAUGUAUGACUGGGAUCGUCUAACCAAGGAUGACGCUGUAGGAACAGCAUUUUUGAAUCUGAGCAAAAUAUCUUCCUCUGGUGGAGAGAUUGAAGACACACAGGCUGAAAAUUCCAACGCAGUCACUGAAUUGAGCCCAACUGCAUCAGAUGUUGGUUUUCUCCCAGCCUUUGGGCCCUGCUACAUCAACCUGUACGGUAGCCCGAGAGAAUUCUCUGGCCUGCCUGACCCAUUUGAGGAACUCAACCUUGGAAAGGGAGAAGGGGUCGCAUAUAGGGGGAGGGUCCUUGUUGAACUGUCUACUCAGUUGGAUGGAAAGAUUGAUAAGAAUGUGGAUGACAUCUCAAGUGAUGACAUCUUGGUCGCACAGAAAUAUCAGCGGAGGAGGAAGUACUCCCUGUGUGCCGUUUUCCACAGUGCAUGCAUGCUUCAAGAGCUCGGUGAGCCAAUCCAGUUUGAGGUCAGCAUUGGUAAUUAUGGUAACAAACUGGAUUCCACCUGCAAGCCACUGGCGUCCACCACCCAGUACAGCUUUGCUGUGUUCGAUGGUAAUUAUUACUAUUACCUACCCUGGGCUGACACUAAGCCUGUAGUGAUUCUCACUUCAUACUGGGAGGACAUCAGCCACCGCCUGUACUCUGUUAAUAUUCUCCUCUUCAUUGCUGAGAAGCUGGAGUCUCACCUUAUUUCUUUAAAAACAGUCAUCUUAGCCAAGGUUCCUGAGACACGCCUGGCUGAAAUUUGGCUUAAACUCAUCAACUGCCUGAUUGAGGACCUUAACAAUGUCCAGCUUCCAGUUGUGCAGGAACAGCCCAACAUUACAGCACUGGAUCUCCAGAUAAAAAGUCUGCGUGAUGCUGCUGUGGAGAGUAUCAAACACAUGGCCACUCGGAUGAGAGAGGAAGCCACAGAUGUCAAGGCGACUGUUGGUGAGAUUGAAGACUGGUUGGACAGACUAAAGCAGCUGGCAGAGGAGCCUCAAAAUAGUAUGCCAGAUGUGAUCAUAUGGAUGUUGAGAGGAGAGAAGCGGGUGGCUUAUGCGCGAGUCCCAGCCAACCAGAUCCUGUACUCUAACUUCAGUAAUGAGGCCUGUGGCAAACACUGUGGAAAGACUCAGACCAUCUUAAUGCAGUAUCCCAUUGACAAAGACAAAGGUCUGAAGAUCCCUGUUCAGCUGAGGGUCAACAUGUGGCUUGGUCUCUCUGCCCAAGAGAAGACGUUCAACAGCUUCUCAGAGGGAAACUUCAGUGUGUACGCUGAAAUGUAUGAGAACCAGGCUCAGGUGUUUGGCAAGUGGGGUACGACCGGCCUGGUUGGACGCCAUAAGUUCUCAGAUGUAACCGGAAAGGUGAAGCUCAAACAAGAGCGCUUUCUGCCACCACGUGGAUGGGAAUGGGAGGGAGACUGGUUUGUUGACCCUGAGCGAUGUCUGUUGACAGAAGCAGAUGCAGGCCACACAGAGUUUACAGAUGAGGUCUUUCAAAAUGAAACACGGUUUCCUGGGGGGGAGUGGAAGCCUGCUGCAGAGCCCUACACAGACGUGAAUGGUGAAAAGGCUCCGAGUCCAGGGGACUUUGAGUGUCCGCCCGGAUGGACCUGGGAGGAUGACUGGAGCUUUGAUAGCAACAGAGCUGUAGAUGAAAAAGGUUGGGAAUAUGGCAUUACCAUUCCCCCUGAUGAUAAACCCAAAUCCUGGGCUCCAGCAGAGAAGAUGUACCAUGUCCACCGCAGGGUGAGACUCAUGAGAAAGAGAAAGAAGAUAUCUGACAAAACGGCUGCUGCUGAGAGACAAGGAUUGGGGGAAGGCUGGGAAUACUCUUCCCUGAUUGGCUGGAAGUUUCACAGGAAAGCACGUUCCUCUGACACGUUCCGCCGCCGCCGGUGGAGGAGAAAGAUGGUCCCAUCAGACGCAAUUGGGGCCUCUGCCAUCUUCAGACUGGAAGGAGCAUUAGGGCUUGAUGUCGACGAGAAGGCCAAUAAAACAUGUGCAUCCAAAGUAUUUGGUGCCAACACACCCACUGUUUCCUGCCACUUUACCCGGUCUUACAUCUACCAUCUGCGAGUGUACGUCUAUCAGGCAAGAAAUUUGUGUGCCAUGGACAAAGACAGCUUCUCAGAUCCCUACGCCCACGUGUCAUUUCUGCAUGUGAGUAAGACCACAGAGGUCAUAAAGACUACACUGAACCCCACAUGGGAUCAGACUCUCAUUUUUGAUGACAUUGAAAUCUACGGAGAACCACAGACCGUUGCCCAAAACCCUCCUGAUGUAGUCUUGGAGUUGUAUGACAAAGAUCAAGUGGGUAAAGACGAGCCCAUGGGCCGCUGCACGUGUCCCCCUGUGGUAAAACUGAACCCCAAUGUGGCCGUCAGCCCUAAGCUGCUGUGGUUCCCGGUCACCAAAAAAGGUCACAGUGCUGGAGAGGCACUGCUAGCUGCUGAGCUUAUACUGAAGGACAAGGUUAAUGAUGGAGAUUUUCCUCUGGUGCCUCCUCGGCGGGGGGAGAAUCUCUACAUGGUUCCUCAGGGAAUCAGGCCAGUUGUACAACUCACUGCAAUUGAGGUCUUGACUUGGGGCUUGAGGAACAUGAAAACCUACCAGUUGGCCACGGUGUCAUCCCCCAGUUUGAUAGUGGAAUGUGGUGGUGAGAUUGUUCAAACCGCUGUGAUCAAGAACUUCAAGAAGAACCCCAACUUUCCUGGAUCGGUGCUGAUGCUCAAAGUGCUUCUUCCCAAAGAGGAGAUGUACACCCCUCCCAUUGUGCUGAAGGUGAUCGACCACAGACCCUUUGGUAGGAAACCUGUAGUGGGACAGUGCACUAUCGACUGUCUGGCAGAGUUCCGCUGUGACCCGUAUCGUCUUAACGAUGAAGUCUGCAUGUCUGCUAGAGUGGCAAUGAUAGCUGCCAAUCAAGGAGAUGUUGUCAUAGACAUGGAGGAGAGAAGCAUUGUCAAAACUGAGCUUCAAGCAGAAAAGGAGGAGGAGGCAGUAGACUGGUGGAGUAAGUUUUAUGCCUCCAUUGGAGAGGAGGAAAAGUGUGGACCUUACCUAAAAAAGGGAUACGACAAAUUGCAGGUAUACAACUGCGAAUUAGAAGAGGUUAGAGAGUUCCAGGGACUCACUGACUUCUGCAGCACCUUCAAACUUCAGAGAGGAAAGAAUGAAGAUGAAGAAGAUGACCCGUCAGUGGUGGGAGAGUUCAAGGGCUCAUUCAAGAUUUACCCACUGCCUGAUGACCCAGGGGUGCCAGCUCCACCUCGUCAGUUCAGAGAGCUCCCUGAGAGUGCACCACACGAGUGCCUGAUCAGAAUAUAUGUGGUGCGCUGUACUGACCUGCAGCCUAAAGAUGCAAACGGCAUGUGUGACCCGUACAUUAAGAUUACACUGGGGAGGAAAACAGUGGAUGACAGAGAUAACUAUAAACCAAACACCCUCAAUCCCGUGUUUGGAAGGAUGUUCGAGCUGUCCUGCUUCCUGCCUCAAGACAAGGAUCUGAAGAUUUCUGUGUAUGACUAUGACCUCCUGAGCAGAGAUGAAAAAGUGGGUGAGACUGUCAUCGAUUUGGAGAACAGGUUUCUCUCUUGUUUCAGGCCCAGCUGUGGCCUGCCAAAGACUUACUGUGUGUCUGGGAUCAAUCAGUGGAGAGAUCAGCUGAAACCUUCUCAGAUACUCCAAAAUCUGGCCAAAGUGAGGGGUGUCCCUCCUCCACGCAUAGAGGGAGAUGGCAGCUCACUCUCUUUCUCAGGACGAGAAUACCACCUACAGGAAUUUGAGACCAACACGGUACCACAACACCAGCACUUAGGCCCAGCAAGAGAGAGGCUGGCCCUGCAUGUUCUCAGAGAUCAGGGCUUGGUGCCAGAGCAUGUAGAGACCAGGACCCUGUCCAGCUCCCACCAACCAAAUCUACCCCAGGGACAAAUUCAGAUGUGGGUAGACAUUUUCCCCAAGAGGCUCGGUUUGCCUGGGCCUCCGUGUGAUAUUACUCAACGCAAAGCUAACAAGUACUUCUUGCGAGUCGUCAUUUGGAACACAAGUGACGUGAUUCUGGAUGAAAGAAGCAUCACCGGAGAAAACAUGAGUGAUAUUUACGUUAAAGGAUGGAUUCCAGGAAUGGAGAACAACAAGCAGAAGACUGAUGUCCACUACAGGUCUCUGGAUGGAGAUGGAAAUUUCAACUGGAGGUUCAUAUUUGGCUUUGACUACCUGCCUGCAGAGCAGCUGUGUGUUGUCUCUAGAAAGGAGCAUUUUUGGAAUAUGGACAAAACUGAAUUUAGGAUUCCUCCUAAACUGAUCAUCCAGAUAUGGGACAAUGACAAAUUCUCCCUGGAUGACUACUUAGGUUCAAUUGAGCUGGACUUACUGAAUCUCAUCCCCCCUGCUAAGACCCCAGAAAAGUGCAGCCUGAAGAUGUUGCAAGGAAUGAUGGGAUCACAGCCCAGCUCACUUUUCUCCCAGAAGUCUGUGCGAGGCUGGUGGCCAUGUGCAGUUGAGCAGAAUGGAAAACCCGUACUUGGUGGAAAAGUCGAGAUGACGCUGGAAAUAGUGUACGAGAAGGAGAUGGAGGAAAGACCUGCAGGGAAAGGCAGAGAAGAGCCCAACAUGAAUCCCAAACUGGACCCACCCAACCGCCCCGACACUUCAUUCUUCUGGUUUACAAAUCCUUGCAAGACCAUAAAGUUCAUAGUGUGGCGCAGAUUCAAGUGGUUUUUCAUUUUGGGGAUUCUUCUUCUGCUUGUUAUCCUGUUCAUUGCGAUCAUGUUCUACUCCCUCCCUAAUUACAUCUCAAUGAAGAUUGUGAAGCCUUUCUCCUAAGAAGCAUUGUAGAAGAGCUGUGUAUAAGAACUAAGCAAUAACCUUCUCUGCUGAUGCCUUAGAAGUCUGACACUCAGCAUUUUCCUGUCACAGUGACUGCUAUGAAUUUUUAUAUUUUUUCACUCAGUCUAUUUGUAUGUCUUGUACACAAAAUCAAAUUAAUUUCACAGUGUUAAAAAAAAAACUAAAGAAUGACAAAAAUCAGAUUUUAUAUCUAUAAAAGAUUUCAUAUCUUGUGUGAAUUCCAUGAUAAUGUCAAGUAUUCUGUGUAAUCAUGUUUGAAUGUCAGUCAAUACUACCACUACAUAAAUACUUUUUGUACUUUUUCAUACAUAAUGGCAACACUUGCAACUUAGUGAUUAGAGUUUAGGUGACAUGUCCAAAUAAAUGUGUAAAUAA